GGCGGAGGUGGAUGUUUGCUCGUUUGACGAUUAAGUUCACGGAUUCGGACUUGAGCGCGGGAAGAACGUCGCGAAACGAACGAAAUUUAUGAAGAUUCCAUGGCGUAAUAACGAAUUAGUCACAAAUCUACGAAUUGGAUACCAUCGCAUUUCGAUGACUUACGAGUGUACGAAUUUUUACUCAUUAGGAAGUGAUUUGCACCUUUUCACGGGAAAAAGAUGAUGCUGAGUGCACCUGAUCUGUGCAUGCGUGUUUCGAUUAUCUUUUAUCUGUGCUGAGCGCGGAUGCCGAGCUGUUCUCGGUGCGAUUGUCAGUUCCAACUCGAAUUUUGUCACUUGUUGCCGGUCCGAUUUGAGUGAGUGUUAUCAGGGGCCAGGGUUGGUUAUUGAAAAAGGGGAAGGUGUCACCUAGUGCCGUUGCUCAUCUUAUGAAUAAUAAAGUCAGUAAUAGUGAGAGGGAAGUUGCAAAUGAUGACGACAUCAAUUGCUGAUAGGACCGUAGUCAUGUUGGGCCCGAAAAUGUUAGUGUUUGUUGUGUUGCUUAUCGUGGCUCCACUGUUCAAUAUCCCCGUGCAAGGAUUCAACCUCGAGAACCGGCUGCCGAUUAUUAAGUACGGCGAGAAAGAAGCGUAUUUUGGAUAUUCAGUAGCAGAACAUGUUGUUGAAGACGAGGAAACUGGUGCAACAUCUAAAUGGAUAUUAGUCGGCGCACCUCUAGGGCAAAAUCUUCAGCCAGAAACGAAUCAUUCCGGUGCUUUAUAUAAAUGUCCCAUAACACAAAGAACAAAUGAUUGUACACAAAUCAUAACAGAUGGGAGACGAUUACCGGGCGGAGCUUAUGAACGUUCUUUCGAAAGCACCACUGAUCCCAAAAUAGAGCCUCCACUGUUUGAUGAAGAAAUAAAGGAUGGACAAUGGCUAGGAGUGACGGUUAAGUCUCAAGGAUAUGGGAAGGCUUUGGUCUGUGCUCAUCGUUACAUUGGUAAAGAGAGAGAGUCACAAUAUGGCCGGGGCUUAUGUUAUGUUCUUGAUAACGAGCUCAACUUCGAUGACGUUUAUGAGCCAUGUAAGGGGCGGAGUACAGCCAGAGGUCAUGAAGACUACGGCUAUUGUCAAGCUGGAACCUCGGCAGCUCUUCUAGAUGGCGAUGUAAUGGUGCUAGGAACUCCUGGACCUUAUACAUGGCGAGGGACUAUCUACAUAACAGAAAUCGGAAAAGAUUACCUAAAACGGGAUAAGAAUAUGUACUACAGCGAUCAUUCGGAAAAAAAUUCACCUGUCGACAAAUACAGCUAUUUAGGCAUGGCUGUAACUGGUGGUAAAUACUUCCGAGACGAAGUCGCCUAUGCAGCCGGGGCCCCUCGAUCCAAAGGUCAUGGCGAAGUUAUUAUAUUUUCAAAAUCAAAACAAAAUCCCAUUCCAACAAUAAUGACAAUCAAAGGCGAACAAUUUGCUUCAAGUUUUGGAUAUGAACUAGCUACAGCCGAUGUUAAUGGGGAUGGAUACGCCGAUCUGCUGGUAGCGGCGCCUUUUUACUUUUCCAAAAACGAAGGAGGAGCAGUCUACGUGUUUCAAAAUGAGAAGUAUAAGCUUCCAACGAAGGCAUCAUUGAAACUAACCGGGAAGCCAGAGUCUCGGUUCGGCUUAGCUCUGGCGAACAUUGGAGAUAUAAAUAAGGACAAAUGUGACGACAUUGCUAUAGGAGCACCCUAUGAAGGAGAUGGCGUGGUUUACAUCUACUUAGGAAGUAGUCAGGGCUUGUCACAAAAGCCAUCACAGGUCAUUACAUCGUCGGACUUGGGGCUGAAGCCGAAUAACAUUCUUACUUUCGGCAUCUCUAUCUCUGGUGGAAUAGAUUUAGAUGGAAACUCAUAUCCAGACACAGUGAUUGGAGCCUAUAAAUCUUCUGCGGUUGUUGCCUUAUUAGCGCGACCGAUUACUAAUAUAAGGACAUCGAUAAUAACACGCGAAUUAGAAAAUAUUGAUCCAAAUAAAAAAGGCUGUAAAAGUGACCCUUCGUCGAACACAACAUGUUUUUCAUUUGGAACGUGUUGUGCGAUAAAACCAAUCGAAAAUAGUGCCACCAAAACCCUCGACCUCAUUUACACGAUUGAGGCGGAGACGUUUGCGAACAUGAAGAAGUUCUCACGUGUGUUCUUUGAGUAUGAUAACAAGCGGACCAACAUUCUGAAGAGGAGACUAAAGGUCCAAACGGACGGCCGGGACUUAUGUACUGAAGAGACUGCUUACAUUAAGGAAACAACUAGGGACAUCCAAACGCCAAUUAAAUUUAAAAUGAGUUAUGAAAUAGUUGAACCAAAACUACCUGAUUCCGGGCUCAAUUACUUAAAUCCAAUUCUGGACCAAACACAAGCUCAACGAACGUUCGAAGGAGUAUUUUUGAAAGACUGUGGCGGCAAGGACAUUUGCGUUUCUGAACUGAAGUUGCAUAGUUGGAUUGAUUUAGACAAGCAUGAUGACGAAUAUGCAUUCAAUCUGGGAGAAAGUGACGAGUUGCGUUUGAAUAUUCAGAUCUCGAACAACGCGGACUCCGCAUAUGAAGCUCAACUUUUCAUUGUACAUCAGUCGUCCGUGGCCUACAUUGCAACUGGAAAGAAUAGCACAGUAAAGUGCGACCAAUUCAAUGAGACCGUGGUAGCAUGCAACUUGGGGAAUCCAAUGCAUAGAGGAGCCUCGGUACCAAUAUCAGUACGUUUCGAUCCCAGUGGAUUGGCAGAUACGGAAAAGAAAUUAUCUUUCCGAGUAUUCGCCAAUUCAACCUCAGAAUUGAGCGGGAUUAAGCCAGAUGAAAAAUUGGACGUUCAAGUCGUGAGGAAAGCUGAUUUAUCUAUGCAUGGAUGGGCAAGUCCGGAACAAUCCUUCUAUGGAGGCGAUGUAAAAGGCGAAAGUGCGAUGGAAUUUUUGGAAGAUAUUGGAACAGUUGUCACACAUAAGUAUCAGAUUUACAAUGAUGGACCUUGGAAAGCAUCGCAUAUCAUCGUCCGUAUUAAGUGGCCACAUCAAGUUGCAAACGAUAAAAAGCAAGGUAAAUGGCUCUUGUACCUAGAAGGCAUCCCAACCAUCGAAGGAUCACGAUUCGGACAGUGCGUGGUCGAUCAACAAUAUGUGAACACGUUAAAUCUCACCGAAAAACCGCAGCCUGAACAACAAGAAAUGCGUCAACUUAAUCCCGAGCCUUACAUGUAUCGUCCUUCCAACAAAUCCUCUUCCUAUUCGUACUACAGCGAAAAGCGCUCGUCGUUCUCAAAAUUCGAUUCAUCUAAUGGUACCAGUCGAAGUAGCUCUGAAAGUAGCUUCAGUUCUAGUAUGAAUCGAAUUCGACGUGAAAUAGCUAAGAUUAUACGUGCGGAGCGGUUAGUAGAUAAGGACGGGAAGAAAACCAAUGUGGUCACAAUGGACUGUGAUAGAGGAACAGCCUUCUGUGUGGAUAUUGUCUGCAACUUCUACAACAUGCCUAGAAAGUCCGAGGUUUACAUAAAUGUUAAGGCCAGGCUUUGGAACGGCACGUUGGUUGCAGACUACCCGCGGGUGGAUGAGGUUAAAAUCAUCUCACGAGCCAAGAUUGAAAUUCCCGGAGAGUCAAGCACAGAAGACAGGCCAAACUAUAGCGUUGCGGUCGAAACCCAAGCCUACCCUGAACUCCUAGACCAGGUUCGCGAUACGUCCACCCCCAUUUGGGUCAUAAUUUUGGGCGUGGUUGCCGGCCUACUAGUGCUCGCCAUCCUCGCAUUCGUUCUCUGGAAAUGUGGAUUCUUCAAGCGACGAAGACCGGAUCCAAUGCUCAGCGGAAGCUUAAAAAAGAACACAGAUCCUGAGAACAAACCCUUUCUGUAGCUUUAAGACAGCAUUGUCACUAUCGAAACGAACCAGUCGCCUUAAAUUCGAGUUGAGUAUUCGUAAUCGUAAUGGAAUCUUACGAUUAAUAGGUUUCAUUGUGACGAUUACACGAUCGUGGCCCCACGGUGCUCGAUUUGGUAGAAAUUCGGGCAUUCGUGGGGCCUCGAUGCUUUUCAGUGAUAUCAAUAGUUUGUUUACGAUAUAUUUACGAUUAUAUUUACAGUACUAUUAUUAUUAAAAUUAUUAUGGAUGUUAAUAUAUAGUGGUAGUUACAAAUUUUGGCAGCAAUUUUUUAAGGAAGACCCAAGCCAAAAUGGCGGAACAUUUUUAAAUAAAAUAAAAAAAAAGCUAAAUGUAAGUGUAAAAGGCGACUUUUAUUAUGAUCUAAUACUCAACAAAAAACUCAACUUAUUUGUAAAUUCGUAUGUACAAAGGACGAGUUAUUCAGUCACGAUUCAGCUUUCCUGAACAUUAGAAUCCCCUCAUCAACAUGUCGGUGUUCCAAAUGCUUCAUGUAAGCCAAGAAGCAAGUCCAAAUGAGACUGCAAACA